GGCUGGGUCCGGUUCCGGGUGUCACCUACUUGGCGGUGCUGGUGGAGGGGGGGAGGAAGAUGGCGUCGGACUUGGAGACGGAGGUUCAGGCUAUUGACAGGAACUUGCUGGAAUGUUCUGCCGAGGAGGCUGCCGUGGUGUUCAGCGUUUUCCAAAGAGGCACUGUAAAUGGCUACAAGCACCUGAUCUUCCUAAAGAAGUAUACCUGCAUCUAGCCUACUAUGUACCAAAAAUUUACUGUAGGGGUCCUAACCCUGCUCCACAAAGAGAAGACAUGCUCGCACAACAUGUACUGCUGGGACCAAUGGAAUGGUAUCUAUGUGGUGAAGAUCCUGCAUUUGGAUUUCCAAAACUUGAGCAAGCAAACAAACCUUCCCAUCUCUGUGGUCGGGUUUUUAAAGUGGGGGAACCUACAUACUCUUGCAGAGACUGUGCAGUUGACCCAACUUGUGUGUUAUGUAUGGAGUGCUUUUUGGGAAGUAUUCAUAGAGAGCAUCGAUACAGGAUGACAACAUCAGGCGGAGGAGGUUUCUGUGAUUGUGGUGAUACUGAAGCUUGGAAAGAAGGUCCGUACUGUCAAAAGCAUGAACUUAACACGGCAGAGACGGCAGAAGAGGAGGAUCCUCUGGUGCAUUUAUCGGAAGAUAUGAUAGCAAGAGCUUAUAACAUUUUUGCUAUCAUGUUUCAAUAUGCAGUAGAUAUAUUAACAUGGGAAAAAGAAAAUGAAUUGCCACCUGGUUUAGAGACUGUUGAGAAGAGUGACACUUACUACUGCAUGCUUUUUAAUGAUGAAGUCCACACGUAUGAACAAGUUAUAUACACUCUCCAGAAAGCUGUCAACUGUACACAGAAAGAGGCCAUUGGAUUUGCAACAACAGUAGACAGAGAUGGACGUAGAUCAGUCCGAUAUGGAGACUUCCAGUAUUGUGAUCAAGCAAAAUCAGUAAUAGUGAGAAAUACCAGUCGCCAGACAAAGCCACUGAAGGUUCAGGUUAUGCAUUCAUCUAUUGUUGCCCAUCAGAGUUUUGGUUUGAAGCUCCUGACUUGGCUUGGCAACGUUAUUGGAUAUUCAGAUGGCCUUCGUCGAAUAUUGUGUCAGGUUGGUUUACAGGAGGGACCAGAUGGUGAAAAUUCUUCUCUUGUAGAUAAACUAAUGCUGUCUGAUUCUAAACUGUGGAAAGGAGCUAGAAGCGUGUACCAUCAGUUAUUCAUGAGCAGUCUACUUAUGGAUUUGAAAUACAAGAAACUUUUUGCUAUCCGGUUCGCAAGAAACUAUGAGCGAUUGCAGAGUGAUUAUGUGAAAGAUGACCACGACAGAGAGUUCUCAAUUGCUGACCUCUCGGUACAGAUAUUCACAGUGCCUUCACUUGCUCGAAUGCUGAUAACAGAAGAAAAUCUUAUGACCACGAUCAUCAAAACUUUUAUGGACCACUUAAGGCACCGUGACAUCCAAGGCAGGUUUCAGUUUGAACGAUAUACUGCCCUUCAAGCUUUCAAAUUCAGGCGGGUUCAGAGCCUUAUUUUGGAUCUCAAGUAUGUGUUGAUAAGCAAGCCAGCUGACUGGACAAAUGACCUGAGGCAAAAGUUUUUAGAGGGUUUUGAUGCCUUCUUAGAGUUACUAAAGUGUAUGCAGGGUAUGGAUCCAAUAACUCGUCAAAUAGGACAGCAUAUCGAAAUGGAACCAGAAUGGGAAGCAGCAUUUACAUUACAGAUGAAAUUAACGCAUGUUAUUUCAAUGAUGCAGGACUGGUGUGCUUUAGAUGAAAAAGUACUUAUUGAAGCUUAUAAGAAAUGCUUGACUGUGCUGAUGCAGUGUCACAGUGGCUUUACUGAUGGUGAACAGCCUAUCGUUCUCAGUAUAUGUGGUCAUUCUGUUGAGACCAUCAGAUACUGUGUUUCUCAGGAAAAAGUUAGCAUUCAUCUCCCAGUUUCUCGUUUACUUGCAGGUUUGCAUGUGUUGCUAAGCAAAAGUGAAGUGGCAUACAAGUUUCCAGAGCUGUUACCACUGAGUGAACUUAGCCCACCUUUGUUAAUAGAACACACGCUACGAUGUCUAGUUUUGUGUGCCCAAGUGCAUGCAGGCAUGUGGAGAAGAAAUGGGUUCUCCCUUGUUAAUCAAAUCUAUUACUAUCAUAAUGUGAAAUGCAGACGGGAGAUGUUUGAUAAAGAUAUAAUAAUGCUUCAGACAGGUGUGUCCAUGAUGGAUCCAAACCAUUUCCUGAUGAUAAUGCUGAGUCGCUUUGAACUUUAUCAGAUAUUUAGCACUCCAGACUAUGGCAAAAGAUUUAAUACUGAAAAUACCAAUAAGGAUGUAGUUCAACAGAAUAAUACUCUUAUAGAAGAAAUGCUAUAUCUAAUUAUAAUGAUUGUUGGAGAGAGAUUUAGUCCUGGAGUAGGACAGGUAAAUGCUACAGAUGAAAUCAAGCGAGAAAUUAUCCAUCAGUUGAGCAUCAGACCCAUGGCCCACAGUGAAUUAGUAAAAGCAUUACCAGAAGAUGAGAACAAAGAGACUGGAAUGGAAAGUGUAAUUGAAGCCGUUGCCUGUUUCAAAAAACCUGGAUUAACAGGCAGAGGAUUGUAUGAACUAAAACCAGAAUGUACCAAGGAUUUCAAUCUCUAUUUCUAUCACUUUUCAAGGGCAGAGCAAUCUAAGGCAGAGGAAGCACAAAGAAAGCUGAAAAGACAAAACAGAGAAGAUACAGCACUUCCACCUCCUGUUCUGCCUCCUCUCUCUCCUCUUUUUGCAAGCCUGAUUAAUAUUCUCCAGUCCGAUGUCAUGUUGUGCAUUUUGGGAACAAUACUCCAGUGGGCAGUAGAACAUAACAGCUAUGCCUGGUCUGAGUCCAUGCUGCAGAGGGUUUUGCACUUGAUUGGAAUGGCACUACAAGAAGAAAAACAACACCUAGAGAAUCUCAAUGAAGAGAAUGUUGUAACAUUUACCUUCACUCAGAAGAUCUCAAGACCUGGAGAGGCACCCAGUAAUUCCCCUAGUAUAUUAGCUAUGCUAGAAACUUUGCAAAAUGCACCUCAUCUGGAAGUGCACAAAGACAUGAUCAGAUGGAUACUGAAGACUUUUAAUGCCAUUAAGAAACUAAGAGAGAGCUCUUCUACGAGUCCUGUGCCUGAAACUGAAGGAAAUAUUAUAGAAGAGGGUUCACGAGAUAAAGACAAAGCUGAGAGGAAGCGAAAAGCUGAGAUUGCCAGGCUGCGCAGAGAGAAGAUCAUGGCUCAGAUGUCUGAGAUGCAGCGGCACUUCAUUGAUGAGAACAAAGAACUCUUUCAGCAGACUUUAGACGAACUAGCUACUUCAACCUCCAGAGUACUCGAUAAUAGUCCUACAGUUUCAGAUACAAAGCUUACAGCUUUGGGACCAAAGCAAACUAGAGUGACUGAACGGAGACAGGUUGUUACCUGUAUAUUGUGUCAAGAAGAGCAGGAGGUUAAAGUGGACAGCAGGGCUAUGGUCUUGGCAGCAUUUGUUCAGAGAUCUACUGUAUUGUCUAAAAACCGGAACAAAGUUAUUCAGGAUCCUGAAAAAUAUGACCCAUUAUUCAUGCAUCCAGAGCUGUCAUGUGGAACACACACGGGUAGCUGUGGACAUAUUAUGCACGCUCACUGUUGGCAAAGGUAUUUUGAUGCUGUUCAAGCAAAGGAGCAACGAAGACAACAGAGAUUACGUGUGCAUACAAGUUAUGAUGUAGAAAAUGGUGAAUUCCUUUGCCCUCUUUGUGAAUGUUUAAGCAACACUGUUAUUCCUCUGCUUCCUCCACCAAGAGGUUUAUUUAACAGCUUGGAUUUUUCAGACCAACCAAAUCUAGCUCAAUGGAUGAGAACAAUAUCCCAGCAAAUCAAAGCAUUAUAUAUACUUCGCGAUGAAGAAACUGCUCAUAAUUCUUGUGGUAACUCAGAAAAAAUGGAUGAGCUACAACUACCUAAAGGAUUUAGGCCAGACUUCCAACCAAAGAGUCUUUAUUCUGAAAGCAUUAAAGAGAUGCUGACAACAUUUGGUACUGCAACAUAUAAAGUGGGACUGAAGGUGCAUCCCAAUGAACAAGAUCUGCGUGUACCCAUAAUGUGCUGGGGUAGCUGUGCUUACACAAUACAGACUAUAGAAAGAAUUUUAGCUGAUGAAGAUAAACCAUUAUUUGGUCAUUUACCUUGCCGACAGGAUGACUGCCUUACUUCAUUAACAAGAUUUGCAGCAGCACAUUGGACAGUUUCAUCUCUUUCGGCAGUACAGGGUCACUUUUGUAGGCUCUUUGCAUCACUGGUGCCUAAUGAAAAAAAUGGAAAUCUUCCAUGCAUACUUGAUAUUGACAUGUUUCAUUUAUUGGUAAGCUUGGUGCUCUCUUUUCCUGCCAUAUACUGUCAGGAUUUUUCAGGGGUUAGUCUUGGCACUGGAGAUCUUCACAUCUUCCAUCUUGUCACAAUGGCACACAUAGUGCAAAUUUUACUUACUUCAUCAACAGAAGAAAAUGGCAUGGACCAAGAAAACCCUAAUGGUGAAGAAGAAGUAGCAGUGCUUACUUUGUAUAAAUUUCUUUGCCAGCAUACAGGAAGUGCCUUGAAAGAAAUGUCCUCAGGCUGGCAUCUGUGCAGGAGUAUAAAAGCUGGAAUUAUGCCUUUCCUGAGAUGCUCUGCUUUGUUUUUCCAUUAUUUAAAUGGAGUCCCAGCACCAUCAGAAAUUCAAGUAACUGGGGCAAGCCAGUUUGAACAUUUAUGUAGCUAUCUUUCCUUGCCAAACAACCUCAUUUGCCUUUUUCAAGAAAAUAGCAAAAUUAUGAACACAUUAGUAGAAAGUUGGUGUAGUAACAAUGAAGUAAAAAGGUACCUGGAAGGCAAAAGACAAGCCAUAAGCUAUGCAAGAGAAUCUAACAAAUUAAUAGACCUUCCAGAUGAUUACAGCUGCCUCAUUAAUCAAGCAUCUAAUUUCUCGUGUCCAAAAUCAGGUGGUGAUAAAAGCAGAGCACCAACAUUGUGCCUUGUAUGUGGGACCAUGCUAUGUUCUCAGAGUUACUGUUGUCAAACAGAGUUAGAAGGGGAAGAUGUUGGAGCCUGUACUGCACAUACAUAUACAUGUGGUUCUGGAGUGGGUAUAUUUCUCAGAGUACGAGAAUGUCAAGUGCUAUUUUUAGCUGGAAAAACAAAGGGCUGCUUUUAUGCUCCUCCCUAUCUUGAUGACUAUGGAGAAACAGACCAGGGACUCAGGCGUGGGAAUCCCUUACACCUGUGCAAAGAACGGUUUAAAAAGAUUCAAAAACUCUGGCAACAGCACAGUAUCACAGAAGAAAUUGGACACGCACAAGAAGCAAAUCAAACACUAGUUGGCAUUGAUUGGCAGCAUUUAUAAUUGGUUAUCAUCUGAGAAGACUGGAACUUUAUUUAUGAUGAUUUUUGUAACCCAGUAAAUUUUUCAAAUAAAAGAGGGAUUAGGAAAAAUUUUUUGAGGAAAAUAAAGACACAAUUCCAGUCCUUCUAUUUAACCUUUGUUUUCCAGUUUAUUUUGUAAAGAUCCUGGUUACAAUAACCAUGUAAACUUUUUUCUAUGUAAGCAGGUUUUACUAGUAGUAUUAUUUGCACUGUGCUUCCUUCACAUGAAACCUCUUGGGGUAUAGAACCUGGGCAAAUGAACUUAAGUUUCUGGGACAAAAGAAUGACUCUUCUUGGAAAUCUGACUCUGAUUUUUCUAAUGAACUGCAAGAGGGAAAAAAACUGCUGAAAUGGAGACUAGAUUAAGCACAAUUAUUGAUUGUGUUUUGCCCUUUGCUAGUAAUCUGAGCCGGUUUACUUUAUUUAUUAUUCUGCAUUUUAAUACUUAAACCGUGUACAUGCAAUGGAAUAAAGUAAGGAUGAAAAUAAUGUAGCAAAUGGAUGUAUCUGUCUGCAUCAGUGGAUAACUCUUAAACUCGGUGUAUUUAAAAUUUAUUUUUUAAUUCGUAUUCUUGCAGAUUUUUUUGCCUUCCAGUUGAUUUUCUUUUUACUAAAAGAACUAACACUAGCUUAUAAGUAAAACAAUUUAAUUUAAAGCUAUUUCUGAAGCAUUGCACUCCUUACACCUAUUGUGUGGUUUGCAAUUUGAAUAUAGUAGGGAAACCCUUUCAUUUUUCAUGAUGAUUGUUUUCCCAAAUUUAAAGGGUUGACGUGUUUUAGAACAUAUCUUAAGGCAAUUGGCAAUAUAUUAAAAAAAAGUUACAUUUUUCUUCAUUUUUGACUUCCAUCUUUAAAGGAGCAAAUACCACCUACAUCUUAUUGCAGUUUACUAAUUUCAGGUCUUCAAAUAGAAACUCUCAGACAAAAAUGAACCAUUUUCCUCUGCAUAUGAAGGACAUCAGUCACAGAGCAUUUGUUUACUCCUGUUCAUUUCCUUUUAGUUGUACCAUCAAGUACAUUUACUUUCUGACAUAGUAGACACUUGACUAAAGCUCUGUAAAGAUGUUUGUCUAUAGUAUAUUUUAUAAAUAUAUUCUAUAUCUGCACAGAUUUUGCACUUGGUAUGUAGGUGCCUGAUGGUAUAGUUGUAUGUAGUAAAUGCAAUGUUAGACCCCCCAAGAAAUCUCAAAAUGACAUGUUCUGAUAAAAAAUCCAUAAUCUUAAUGCCUUCCAAGUUUUUGGUAAAUUAUUAAAACAAUUUAUUUACAUA